UGGGCAUUGACAGGCAGCACUGAUGGGCACUGAAAGGCAGCACUCAUAUAUGGCACUGACGGGCACUGAUAGGUGGCAGUGAUUCAGGAGCGGAGUUAAACUCAUGGGGCCCCCCGGGCAAUAGGGGAUCAUGGGGCCCCUGUGUCCUUGCCCAAACUCAAAAAAGCCUAUGAAAAAAAGGUACCAGGGGCAUCUCAUGGGGCCCCCUACUGACCUCUGGCAGUGCCAGAGUUUCAGAAUGGUCAGUCCGCCCCUG